AUGUGCUUCGAGAGGGGCGCACAGCUGGACGGCUCGGGGGCCAAGGUGUACGGGGAGUGGAUCAAGAAAUGCGACGACCUGAUCUUGGUCGCGAUCGAGUCGGCUGUUCCGAAGGAGGACCGAGCCGCCGACGCCCCAAACCCCAAAAACCCCCGGGUCGAUAUCCCCCACGCGUCCGCCGCCCCGCACGCGCCCGCCGACCCGCCCGCGCCCCGGUACAAGCACCAGUGGUACCAGUCCCUCUCGCACGUCACCUUGGAGGUGUUGGCAAAAAACGUGAAGCCCGACGACGCGUCGUUCCAGAUUGACGCCGACCGCGUGCGCGUCAGCGUCGCGAACGAGGACGAUCCGACGGACCCGUACGUGCUCGACCUGAAACUCUUCGGCGAGGUGCUCCCCGCGCAGUGCAAGACGUCCGUCGGGGUGGCCAAACUGGAGGUGAGGCUUAAAAAGGCUGAGGACGCGCAGUGGGGCGACAUCGUCGAGGGUAGCGGCGGCGCAUCCGGCGCCGCGACCGCCGCUAAGACCGUCGCGGCGGCGCCGCCCGCCCGCCCGGCGUACCCGAGCAGCAAGGCGGCGCAGAAGAAAACCGUCACGGACUGGGACAAGCUGGAGAGGGAGCUCGAGAAGGAGGAGGAGGAUGAGCUGUCGGGGGACGCGGCGCUGAACGCGAUGUUUCAAAAGAUUUAUAAAAACGCAAACGAGGAGACGAGGCGGGCGAUGAACAAGUCGUUCCAGGAGAGCGCCGGGACGGUGCUGAGCACCAACUGGGACGACAUCGGGAAGAAGAAGACGGAGGUGCAACCGCCGGAAGGGAUGGAGGCCAAGAAGUACGAGAUUUAG